AUCAUGUUUAAAGUAUUUAUAUCCUCCUCAACCCCUUCUUUCCUCCACACUGCACAGGAAAAUGAUCUUCACUUGAAAUACCAGCUGUAAAUACCACCCAGGCCACUGUAACGUUCCCAAUAUAACCUCAGCGCUCAGCCAACUGGAAGGGUCCGGUCAGUGGCCUUCUGUCUGGGCUGUUGGGAAAGUGACAGGCGACCCUCUCUGCUCCCUUUUUUGUCGUAUUUAUCCGGCAUUUAAAAUGGAUACCCUGAAGAAAGACGAAGAUUCGGAGGAAGUGGAAAUUGAUCUGGGGGACUCGAGUGACCUUGAAGAGUCUGAAGAUGGGGAGGAACCGCAGACGUUAUGGAGAGCCCAACCCUCUCUGGAUGAGGAGGAAAACAUUCACACAUCCACUCUGGUGGAAAUCAGUGAUACAAAACCACUGAUUACUUCACGGGACGCCCGAGGUAUCAAUGACUGCCUCAAGGUAGGGUUUGAGGAUGUGAUAGCUGAGCCGCCAUCGGUGCGUAGCGGGGACAGAGUUUGGAUCUGGAGCAAUGCUCUGUUUGAAGUGUCCAGGGUCUGGAUUUACAGGAUAGUCACCGCUCUGCUGGCCCUUCCCAUGUCAGCUAUCUCUGGUCUUUUGUUUGGCCUCCUAAGCUGCUUCCACAUUUGGAUGGUCCGGCCCUGUGUUCGUUGUGUCCUCAUCGGUAACCGCUGGAUACUGAGCUUCUGGGACAUCAUGCUGCAAGUUGUUGUGGUCCCAUUCCUAACGAGUGCAGGAAAAUGUUGUGGAGGUUUAGGUAUACACCUGGCCAAAGAAUGACCCGAGAGACAGACUGGACGCGUUGAUGAUGUGGACAAAGUUUUGUUUAUGUGGACUGAAACAUAAGCAGCACUGACUUUUGACUGUUUAAUAAAAAUAAUAUAUACUGUGUCUAGGGAAAAAAAAGGUAUUCAUACCCCUUGAACUUUUUCUCACUUUGUCUUUUUACAACAACACACUUUGAUGAAUUUAAUAUUAAUUUUGUGCUAUAGAGCAUUUAAUACAUAUCUGAAAAGUGUGGUGUGUGCAUUUGGACCUAUGAGUCAAUGGUUUGUUCAAUCACCUACAGCUAAAAUCCUACCUGGCAUGUCUAGGUUGGUACAUCCUGUUUCUUAUCUUCCCAUUCACUCUGAUCAGAUUCCCUUUCCCUACUUGAACAGAGCAUCCCUACAGCAUGAUGCUGCCACCACUUUGGUGAUGGUACGCUUUGGGUGAGGUACAGUUGAAGUCUUUUCUCACAUUGUGGAAAGCUAGGCCAUUAAGAUCCAUGUUUGGUCUCAUUUGGCCCAAAUCAGGUCUCCUGCUUGUUUUCUGUGUCACCUACAUGGCUUGUUGCAACCUGCAAACAUUUCUUCCUUUGAUUUUCUUAUUGCCACUCUUCCAUAAAGUGCAAACCAGCUGUUCACCUGUCAGCCAAUUCUGGUUCUCUGUAGCCCCUCCAGAGUCACCAAUGUAGAUCAUCAGCAUCAAUAAUGAGAUUAUAUCACACACACAUACACAUACAGUUGGAGUACUUAGAUUACACUUCUGAAGAAGUUAGUUGCACGUGAUUUCAUUUAGAAGUGUCAGAGUAAAGGGGGUUGUGUAAAGACCUACUCAGCACUUUUUCCAGAUUUUAUUUGUUAAAACAUAGCUUGGAACUUGUAAAUGACUUUUACUUACAUUUUAAACUAAGCACAAAUGACAUAAAAUCUCAGUGAGACUAAUUUAGUGGAGUUCUUGUGUCAAAAUAUAAAAAAGAUCAAAGGAUAAUAGUUUGGCAAGGCAUUAUACGUUUUUCGGGUGAAAUACCUGAGAAUGUGAAAAAUGCUAAUCUUUUUAGAGCUUCAUGUAGUUUAUGCACUGAUGUAAUCCCUAAAAAUCAUGCCCACAGUCUGAAAUCAUUUUGAUGACUCUGUUUUAGACAGGCUGUACUUUUUCCCUUCUGACAUUAAAGUGGAGGUUCCAGUUAUCGCAUUUUCCGUCUUUAAGAAUUUAUAAACAAUGUUCUUAUUUAACUUUGGUUACAUGAUUGCAUGAGUCGCCUCCACCCAAUCUGAAAAAGCUCCCUAAUUUAUGUUCCUCAUCAGCGAGAUUUUCCACCACAGUUUGCAGUCCUUAAGGAUCGUGAUGUUUUGCAGUCAUAGUCCAAACGAGGGCAUAAUUACGUGCUGUCAUGACAGAACAUUGAUGAGAACUAAACAGGAAUUGGUUUCUUCAUUGUGAAAAUGGUUUCUAUAACAACCCAGACAUCUAAAUGACAUCCAGGAUCCUCAAAGAAGCCUGAAUAAGUAGAUUAAAGAUUGUUUUAUCUACAAGAAGCAUUUGGAGCUAGUCAGUAAAUUGUCAGCAUUAAUAUCUUUCUGAGCACUUUUAAAGGGAGCCUACACAAUAAAUCUCAGAAUAUAAUGUCA